CACAUUGAAUGCCAUCAACUUUUAGCUAAUGCGAAACACGCUGAAACGGGCGCCUGGACGAGAUUAAUCGAAUCCCCUCACUGAAAAUGGCUGCCAUUGACUUUAUAACGUUAACUGGUGACAGCGAGAAAAAACAAGCGGGAGAGAAAGCAGAGAGUGGCAAUGAAGAGGAAAGCCAGGACCUGUCAGAGGAGGAAGGAGGCGCAGGGAAGGCAGAGGCCAGUUCGUCGACGCUCAUGGUUGCCGCGACCUCAGCUAAGACCAAGAAAAAGAAACACAGGCACCGUAGCAAGAGACACAAGAGACACAAGCAGUCUUCACCUGAGGACAAGGAGCGAUGCCACAAGCACCGGCACAAGCACAAAAAGCACAAGCGUAAAGACGGCCCCUUGACUGACGGCUUCCCCACCGGUGGCGACGACAACGCUUUCCCAUACUCUUCCUCCGCCAAGCUGCCGAGACUGGAAGACGAUGAGAUGGCGCUUCUGGAGGAGCUGGAGAAACAGAGGGCCCUGAUCCAAGCCGAGCUAGACAGUGAAAUGACUGAGGGUGGCAGGGGGAUACAGUCGGGCAUGGCUCUCAUACUCCAGGGAUACCACUCUGGGGUGGAGGAGGAUGGGGAGAUUCAGGGGGAGAGGAUGUGCAACGGGCAGCACUUCCGGAAAGGGGCAACGGGGCACGUGGCUGGCUCAGGCUCGCAGACUGCUAAAGACACCGGUAGAGUCCAGCGAGAGUCGACAGACGCCGGCAAAGCUAAGCAGAACAAUCCCAAUAAAAACGGCAGGAAGAGAAAGAUGGACGGCAAGACCAAGGAUCAGAUGAGAGGACUGAGCACGUCCAGGGAUAGAGACAACAGGAGACAUUCCAGGAGUGCAGAUUGCUUCAAGGAAAGGGCACAGGCGUCCAAGUCUCCUCCUGGCACUAGCAAGCAGCCUUCCCUGCCGGCUCAAAGCAGAGAGGCACAAAGCCAGGACAAACACAAGAAGGCGAUCAAGUCCCCCGCCAUGGACGCUUCCUCUGGGAAUGAGAACUGCUCUCCUGGCCUACGAGGGAGGCCGCCAGGUCCUGCCUCCCAGCUGCAGCGCAGUAAGUCCCCAUCACAGUGCCGGGACCUCCGGGCCUCCACCGGAGCCGAGCGAAUAGCCAGGUCACCGCCACCACUCAGAGGGGGCCACCCGAGCCCCCCAGAGAGUCAAAGGAGAGAGGUGGACCGACUGAGACUAUCACCUGGCAGGAUUCGGAGCCAGGACGAAGCAGGGGGCCGUAGGGACGUCAGCGCAGCUCUAGGUGCCCGGCGACGGCUCAGCCGCUCACCAUUCAGGCGGAGGUGUUGCUCUCCCAGGAGACGCAGCAGGUCUCCAUUGAGGAGGAGGUCAUUGGAUCGGGACAGGAUGGGACGGAGGCCGCAGUGGGGUUCCAGAUCCCAGGAGGGGAGGCAGAGACUGAGCCGGGACAGAGAGGACAAGUUCAAGGGCAGCCUCUCGGAGGGAAUGAAGGUCGACAAGGAGGACUCUGAAGAUGAAGUGCUGGAAGAUUACGAUGUGGAUGAGGACGACGAGGAGGCUCUCAUCGAACAGCGGAGGCUACAGCGUCUGGCCAUCGUCCAGAAGUACAAAGGAGGGAACGAGGACAGUAACAUGUCGGAGCCCGGCAGCCCGCAGAGCAGCCAGCGCAGCCGCUCGCCCUCGCCGGACGACAUCCUGGAGCGCGUGACGGCCGACGUCAAAGAGUACGAGCGGGAAAACGUGGACACCUUUGAAGAAAACAUCAAGGCUAAGCACAACCUCAUCGAACAGGAGAAAGAUGAAGGAACCAACCCCAAAAAACCUUCCGCCCCCGACAUGUUUACUGAAUCGGAUGACAUGUUCGCCGCCUACUUUGACAGUGCAAGGUUUCGAGCAGCAGGUAUCGGGAAGGACUUCAAGGAGAACCCCAACCUCCGAGACAACUGGACAGACGCAGAGGGAUACUACCGACUCAAUAUCGGGGAGAAACUGGACAAACGGUACAGUGUGUACGGCUACACGGGGCAGGGCGUGUUCAGCAACGUCAUCCGAGCCCGUGACGUGGCCCGCGCCAGCCAGGAGGUUGCUAUUAAGAUCAUUCGGAACAACGAGCUCAUGCAGAAGACUGGGCUCAAGGAGCUGGAGUUCCUGAAGAAACUCAACGAUGCCGACCCUGACGACAAGUUCCACUGCCUGCGCCUCUUCCGACACUUCUACCACAAGCAGCACCUCUGCCUGGUCUUCGAGCCUCUCAGUAUGAACCUGCGCGAGGUGCUGAAGAAGUAUGGCAAAGACGUGGGCCUCCACAUCAAGGCGGUGCGCUCCUACAGCCAGCAGCUCUUCCUGGCCCUGAAGCUGCUCAAACGCUGCAACAUCCUUCACGCCGACAUCAAACCUGACAAUAUCCUGGUGAACGAGUCGAAAACCAUCCUCAAGCUCUGCGACUUUGGUUCAGCGUCGCACGUGGCAGAGAAUGACAUCACUCCCUACCUGGUUAGCCGGUUCUACAGGGCGCCGGAGAUUAUCAUCGGGAAGCUUUACGACCACGGCAUCGACAUGUGGUCCGUUGGCUGCACUCUGUAUGAGCUGUACACGGGCAAGAUCCUUUUCCCAGGGAAAACCAACAACCACAUGAUUAAGCUCGCCAUGGACCUCAAGGGCAAGAUGCCCAACAAGAUGAUCAGGAAAGGCGUGUUCAAGGACCAGCACUUUGACCAGAACCUCAACUUCCUGUACACCGAAGUAGACAGAGUUACUGAAAGGGAGAAGGUGACAGUGAUGAGCACCAUCAACCCCACCAAGGAGCUGCUGGCUGACAUGGUGGGCUGCCAGCGUCUGCCCGAGGACCAACGCAAGAAGGUGGCCCAGCUCAAGGACCUGCUGGACCAGACACUUAUGCUGGACCCGGCCAAGAGGAUCAGCAUCAACCAGGCCCUGCAGCACCCCUACAUCCAGGAGAAGAUCUUCUGACCACUUCGUACUGUAUCCACUCACAGUCAUGCAUUGAUUGCUGCAACCAGUACUGAGUCCUUAGUUUGACUAUGGUUGGACCCCCAUCCCAUCUGGCACUGCUGAUGGAGAGGAAGUAGUAUUAUCUUUCUUCCCCUGUUUGAAACACACACACACACACACACACACACACACACACACUCUCUCUCGUUUUUCAUCGAUCUUCUGGAUUGUAUAAAUAACCGUAGUAGGGCUCCAAGCAGAAUGCCUGCUGCAUAGCAUAUGUUCAGUUUCAGCCUACCUGCAAGUCAGAUAGUUCUGUCUCAUUAUAAGCCCUCUAUCUCAUGGACAGUAAAGCCACUUGAGUUGGACUUUCAUCCAAUCAGAUCUUCCAUUUUUUGAUUGGCCCCUUGCAGGUGACUGAAGGUGGAUGAUAUUUUUUGCUGUAAAAAAAAAGAAAAAAGAAAAGUGAAUUCUGAUUGGGUUAAGUAAAAUGUUCAUUCUGAUUGGGUUAAGUAAAAUGUUCAUUCUGAUUAUUGGGGAGGGUUAGUCAAAUGUUAAUUCUGAUUGUUGGGAAGGGUUUUUGAGUUAACGGUCAUUCAUGAGUUGCCAAGGCAGUGACAAGGCAGGGAGGGUAACCCAAUACCCUUAACCUUUUGAAUGGGAUGUUUGUACAGUGGGUUGACUAAACUCCUGCAACCUUGGCAGCUCCUUUGACUUACUGUUACCUGUGAUGUGGUGCAGGGCCAGCAUAAAUGAUGUCUAUAUCCGCGUCUCCCCCAGGUAUUGAAAGCCCCCAUCCACCCUGUCCCCACAUCCUGGUGUCUGUGCAGGCCCUGGUCCGCAUGCCCGUUCUGCUGCUGCCUGUAGGUCUGUCAGUGCCGAAAACCCAAACGGUUGGGGGGGUCCUUGGGUUCUACUUGAGCACACCUGCAGGGAUGGCCCCUCAUGUUUAAAGCAGGUUGUAUACCACUUGCAGUACAUUGAAGGUAAGCUAUCUUCCCCCCCCCUCCUAAAAAAAAAAAAAAACUAAACUCAUCAACUUCAACUGAUUAUUACCUCAUGUUUUAUUUUUUUGAUAUAUUACACAUGGUUUUAGCCAGAUGUCCCUGUAGACAUGGUUAUGUCAAGAAAAAUGGUUUCUAUAAGACAACUAUAUAUUUCUGAAGCAUAAUUCAAAUCACUAUGGCAAAGAUUGGAUAAAAAAAAAAAUCAAAAUCGGUCAUGCAUCUAAAUUGUAGAGAGAAAAUUGUGGGGGGGCGGGGGCUUUAUCCAACAAGCUGUCACCUUCAGUGUACUUUUCUUAAUGCAACAGCUUUAUAUUUUAUUUGCUCUACUAUGUAAUGAAUACCUUUUUUUUUUCUUCCCUGCUCUCCCUUUAUGGUGUUACGAUGUUAGAAACUGUGAGGAUAGCAGUCUUGCUAUGUACACAAAAGCAUGUGUUAAUUGUUUCUAGGUGUGUUCUCUAAAAAAAAAAAAUGUUGUAUAAUAAUAAGGCUAUGUAUGUGUUUUGUUUCCCUCUACUUUCUGUCAUUGGUUUUCAUGUUUUGUGUGACCAUGGUGUCUUUUGAUACAGGGAUAUUCCUGCACUGAGCUUUGAGUCUGCUUGUUAUGAGCGGUAAUUGCCUCUACUUUAUUUGGUGUUAUAUAUAUAUAUAUAAUGAUGAUCUUAUAGGACCAAAACAGAAAUAAAACAGCCUAAAUGAGUAGCUAAUGCAGUAUGUAUGCCUUUUCCAUAAAAUGUCUUCCCUACAUACAAAUGCCAAUGUUCAGGCCCCAUAAAGUGUCAACAAUGAACUGAAAUGCAUUCUUUUUAAAGCUAAUUCACCCAAACCUAAACUAAGAAUACUUUGGUGUUCAGCGACUUUUUAGGCUGGAAUCCAAACUUGAGAUCUGUGCGCCAAAGCUUGACACGUACAGAUCGAAAGUUUAGAAUUCGGCCCUCACGUGCUAGAUUUAGUUCAAACCAAAGGAGCAAGAAGAAGACAACAUUUUGUGUGCUGUUUCACUGACGUUGAUGUUUGUGCUGUUUUUCCCCCACAAUGAUGUUUCCUGUGGUGGCUGAGAGCGAGACAAGAGUCCAGCACUUCCUUCUCCAGGCCGGGCUCCCCUUUCAGAGAGACAAGACCUCCACAAGGCCACUUAUCAAGGUCAUUUCUGAUGGCAUGUGUAGAUACUAAAAGCCGUAAAGCUAUAGAAAUAAAUAGUCGUAAACUCGUAUAACUCCCAGCGACUCUAUUUAGUUGUAUAGCUUCCAGUUAAUUUGCCGAUAGUCAGCACCUCUACACUAAUGUUCCCUGGGGAUGCUCCAGCUUGUUAUUAGAUACUAGAAGCCAACAACACUGGGUGGUGAUGUAAAAUACAAUAUGGCGACUUCAUUUUGCUUACUGUUUUCCGGGAAGGCAUUUGUCAUAGACGCUCACCCACACUCGACCAUUAAAAAGUUGUGGUUCCAAAUGUUUCCUCUCACAAGUUGUUAAGGAUUUAUCGUUGUAUUCGUCUACACAUGACAGACACUUUUUGGUUAACAAAGUGUCAUUACAAGCUGCACAUGUACCCGAGUGUGUUUUGGUUACGCAUAUGGCUAUAAACUGGUUCCAGAUUGCCACAAGGCGUCCGGUAGCUUGACUUGUAACUGUCAAAGUUGAACCACCUGGCGUCAGGUAGCUUGACUUGUAACUGUCAAAGUUGAACCACCAGGCGUCAGGUAGCUUGACUUGUAACUGUCAAAGUUGAACCACCAGGCGUCAGGUAGCUUGACUUGUAACUGUCAAAGUUGAACCACCAGGCGUCCGGUAGCUUGACUUGUAACUGUCAAAGUUGAACCACCAGGCGUCAGGUAGCUUGACUUGUAACUGUCAAAGUUGAACCAAGAUACUUGUUCAUUUGUUCUCUAUAUGUUCUAGGUGCCGCCCUUUUAGAGAAGAGUCUCGCAAGGAACCUCCUCUGGACAAAGGUUUCUGUUCUGGAGAGAGUUACUGUAUUUGUAAAGGUGGACUCAUCAAUAUGACAACAUCAUACAAAGCGGGGGAAAUUCCUGCAUACAGAAAUCAACAACAGCAUUCAAAUCUUCUGAGACUGACGCAAAUUAGGAAGAGGCAAAUGUCGCAGUCUUGGCAGAUUUUUAUUCCAUCGUUGAUGUCUAAGCAGGAAGACGGAGGCAUUGUAUGAUGAUGCCAUUUUGCUAAGUCAAUUAUUAGUAGACAUGUCAUGACCUGACAUUUUUCAAAUAUGUUAUCAGUAACUACUUCAGUUAUUAUGAGUCGGUGUUAGACACGUUGUUACCGUAAUGAGUCGGCGUUAGACACGUUGUUUCCGUAAUGAGUCGGCGUUAGACACGUUGUUUCCGUAAUGAGUCGGCGUUAGACACGUUGUUUCCGUAAUGAGUCGGCGUUAGACACGUUGUUUCCGUAAUGAGUCGGCGUUAGACACGUUGUUUCCGUAAUGAGUCGGCGUUAGACACGUUGUUUCCGUAAUGAGUCGGCGUUAGACACGUUGUUUCCGUAAUGAGUCGGCGUUAGACACGUUGUUUCCGUAAUGAGUCGGCGUUAGACACGUUGUUUCCGUAAUGAGUCGGCGUUAGACACGUUGUUAUCGUAAUAAGUCACUAUUACGCGUUAUCGUAAUGAGUCAGUAUUACGCGUUGUUAUCGUAAUGAGUCAGUAUUACGCGUUGUUAUCGUAAUGAGUCAGUAUUACGCGUUGUUAUCGUAAUGAGUCAGUAUUACGCGUUAUCGUAAUGAGUCAGUAUUACGCGUUGUUAUCGUAAUGAGUCAGUAUUACGCGUUGUUAUCGUAAUGAGUCAGUAUUACACGUUGUUAUCGUAAUGAGUCAGUAUUACACGUUGUUAUCGUAAUGAGUCAGUAUUACACGUUGUUAUCGUAAUGAGUCAGUAUUACACGUUGUUAUCGUAAUGAGUCAGUAUUACACGUUGUUAUCGUAAUGAGUCAGUAUUACACGUUGUUAUCGUAAUGAGUCAGUAUUACACGUUGUUAUCGUAAUGAGUCAGUAUUACACGUUGUUAUCGUAAUGAGUCAGUAUUACACGUUGUUAUCGUAAUGAGUCAGUAUUACACGUUCUUACCGCAAUGAGUCAGUAUUACACGUUCUUACCGCAAUGAGUCAGUAUUACACGUUCUUACCGCAAUGAGUCAGUAUUACACGUUGUUACCGUAAUGAGUCAGUAUUACACGUUGUUACCGCAAUGAGUCAGUAUUACACGUUGUUAUCGUAAUGAGUCACUAUUACACGUUGUUAUCAUAAUGAGUCACUAUUACACGUUGUUACCGUAAUGAGUCACUAUUACACGUUGUUACCGUAAUGAGUCACUAUUACACGUUGUUAUCGUAAUGAGUCACUAUUACACGUUGUUACCGCAAUGAGUCACUAUUACACGUUGUUACCGUAAUGAGUCACUAUUACACGUUGUUACUGUAAUGAGUCGGCGUUAGACACGUUGUUAUCGAAAUGAGUCAGUAUUACACGUUGUUACCGCAAUGAGUCAGUAUUACACGUUGGUACCGCAAUGAGUCAGUAUUACACAUUGUUACCGCAAUGAGUCAGUAUUACACGUUGUUACCGUAAUGAGUCAGUAUUACACGUUCUUACCGCAAUGAGUCAGUAUUACACGUUCUUACCGCAAUGAGUCAGUAUUACACGUUCUUACCGCAAUGAGUCACUAUUACACGUUGUUAUCGUAAUGAGUCAGUAUUACACGUUGUUAUCGUAAUGAGUCACUAUUACACGUUGUUAUCGUAAUGAGUCAGUAUUACACGUUGUUAUCGUAAUGAGUCACUAUUACACGUUGUUACCGUAAUGAGUCACUAUUACACGUUGUUAUCGUAAUGAGUCAGUAUUACACGUUGUUAUCGUAAUGAGUCACUAUUACACGUUGUUAUCGUAAUGAGUCACUAUUACACGUUACCGUAAUGAGUCACUAUUACACGUUGUUAUCGUAAUGAGUCACUAUUACACGUUGUUACCGCAAUGAGUCACUAUUACACGUUGUUACCGCAAUGAGUCAGUAUUACACGUUGUUACCGCAAUGAGUCAGUAUUACACGUUGUUACCGCAAUGAGUCAGUAUUACACGUUGUUACCGCAAUGAGUCAGUAUUACACGUUGUUACCGCAAUGAGUCAGUAUUACACGUUGUUACCGUAAUGAGUCAGUAUUACACGUUCUUACCGCAAUGAGUCAGUAUUACACGUUCUUACCGCAAUGAGUCACUAUUACACGUUGUUAUCGUAAUGAGUCACUAUUACACGUUGUUAUCGUAAUGAGUCAGUAUUACACGUUGUUAUCGUAAUGAGUCACUAUUACACGUUGUUAUCGUAAUGAGUCACUAUUACACGUUGUUACCGUAAUGAGUCACUAUUACACGUUGUUAUCGUAAUGAGUCACUAUUACACGUUGUUACCGUAAUGAGUCACUAUUACACGUUGUUAUCGUAAUGAGUCACUAUUACACGUUGUUACCGUAAUGAGUCACUAUUACACGUUGUUAUCGUAAUGAGUCAGUAUUAGACACAUUGGGUGAGAUUUUGGACCCAUUAGACUGAGAUUUGUUCAUGAACUCUAAUGUUUUGCCGAUGGAUUCUGAGAAAGUAUAUGGAAAUCAUGAUAAAUUGUAUUUAGUUCGAUUGAACUUUGGUUAUAAUGUGGCUAAAUCUAUGCCAAAGUGACCAACAAUAAAGGUAAUACUUUUUCUUGUUAUUGAUUAAAAAUGGCCAGAUUCAUGUUAUCACUGGUAACAUUGCAAUUUUGUGUUUUGUUUUUCAGGGUAAGUCAGAACUUCUCUUCCCUGCUUUGGUUCCUUCAGUCUCCUCUUUCUGCUUUGGUGCCCAUGUAAGACUGGAGACCAGGGGAAGAUGUUCAACGAAUGAGCCCCCGUGGAUAUUUCUCAAAUAGAAAACGUUAAAACAGAAAUUUAUAUUUUUUUAAUGUUAUGUAACACAUUUGUCUACAUCCUUCACUUUAUUCAAUGUAAUCUUGUACACUACUGUUUCCUUAUGAUAUAACAUCAAUGUGCAUGCGCCGUCCUUAAUUGAGAACAUGUGUUCAUUUUUCCAUUUGGCAUAUUAAUAUAAUAAACAUAGGCACAGAC